GGGUCCCGCGGCCGCAUGAGCCGUGCGCGGGGGGCGCUGUGCCGGGCCUGCCUCGCGCUGGCCGCGGCCCUGGCCGCGCUGCUGCUGCUGCCGCUGCCGCUGCCGCUGCCCCGCGCGCCGGCCCCGGCCCCGACCCCGGGCCCCGGCCCGCGCGCGCCCCCCGCCCGACUCGCCACCGCCCCCCGCUUGCGGCCGGACGACGUCUUCAUCGCGGUCAAGACCACCCAGAAGAACCACGGGCCACGCCUCGGGCUGCUGCUGCGCACCUGGAUCUCCCGGGCCCGCCAGCAGACAUUCAUCUUCACUGAUGGGGAUGACCCUGAGCUACAGCUCCAGGGAGGCAGCCACGUAAUCAACACCAACUGCUCGGCCGUGCACACCCGUCAGGCGCUAUGCUGUAAGAUGGCCGUGGAGUACGACAAGUUCAUCGAGUCCGGACGCAAGUGGUUCUGCCAUGUGGAUGACGACAACUACGUGAACCCCGAAGGCCUGCUCCAGCUGCUGUCCACUUUCUCGCCCAGCCAGGAUGUCUACCUGGGGCGGCCCAGCCUCGACCACCCCAUUGAGGCCGCCGAGAGAGUCCAGGGAGGCGGAACUGUGACCACUGUCAAGUUCUGGUUCGCUACCGGUGGGGCCGGGUUCUGCCUGAGCAGAGGGCUCGCUCUGAAGAUGAGCCCCUGGGCCAGCCUGGGCAGCUUCAUGAGCACUGCUGAGCGGGUGCGGCUGCCGGACGACUGCACGGUGGGCUACAUCGUGGAGGGGCUGCUGGGUGCUCGCCUGCUGCCUAGCUCACUCUUCCACUCCCACCUGGAGAACCUGCAGAGGCUGCCGCCUGACGCCGUGCUGCAGCAGCGGACGGGCCCAUGGCAGCAGGCGCCAGCCCAGGCGGCGAGUGCCGUCGCAGACCGGGCCGGAGGAAGGGCCAGGUGGCUUGAGCAGGGCUGCCCCCGCACGUGCGCCAGCCACCCUCCUGAGCCGGAUGCCAGCCUCGUCUUCUGCGUCACCUUGAGCUACGGGGGUCCUGAGAACCCACGUAACGUGGUGAAUGUGGCAGGAGGCUUCAGCCUGCAGCAGGAUCCCACUCGGUUUAAGUCUGUCCACUGCCUUCUCUACCCGGACACGGACUGGUGUCCCGUGCACAAGCAGAGUGACCUCGUCUCUCGGUGACCCUCGAUUCCUAACCCAUGGAGCAGGAACUAUGCUGACCCCUCCUGGCCUUGGCUCUCUCAGGUGGUCACGGCCACAUCCAGGGCCACAGCCACAUGUGGGCGCCGUGCAGGCCUCCCCCAGAUCCCCUGGCGGGCCAGGUGACCAGGGGUCCAGGCUGUGCCACGUGCGGGCGGCCCCGGAAAGUGGGAAGGGGAGACGCUGCCCCUCCCCCCAGCCCAGCCCCGAAGGCUUGCUCCCACGGGAAGGGGCCUGGGAGGAGGCUGGCCUACGGCACCCAGGGCUCCGUCCUGCCCUCCUCCCCGGGCUGGAGAGGGGGUUCCAGGCCAGGGUCACAUGCGGGACCCUUCAUCUGACCACAGGCCAGCGGGGAGGCUUUUCUUGCAGGUCCCUGGGGAAUGCCCUCCGCACACCAGGCUCGGUGCCCAGCAAGGGCACCGUGGUCUCAGGGCAGCUGCAGUAAGGACUCCGGCCGCGCUUGGGGCACAGCUUACUUCUUGCCAGGGCAUCUCCAUCCGGAGGCCAUUUCCUCGGCGGGGGGAGGGGGGGGGGGCCUCUUGGCCGAGGCCUUAUUUCUGCACUCUGACUCCCCAUGUAGUACUUUUCCUCCCCUCCCCUCCCCCCAAGCCCGGCCAAGUCCAGAAAGCAGGAGCCUCUUGUCUGGGGUCCGUCUGCAGCACGGCAGCCCCUCCCUAGCAGAUGACACCCCGACUGUGCCUUUUCUGGAGGAGAGAGUGGAACCAGGAGCUGGCACUUCCGUUCCGACCCCUUGCUGUGCUGUUGCCAUAAGUGAAUAAAGGCGUGAUCUUCACUUUC